CUCAGCCGCGGGCUCGCGGACGGCCGAGUCCCCGCGCGCCCCGCGACAGCUGCCUCGGGCUGGGGCCGUGCGUCCCGCGCCUAGCGCCUCGCCCCUGCGACCCUUCGCCCCUUCGCACAUCGUCUCCUGCGCGCUCCGUGCCGGCCGCGCCUCCCUCUCCCGCCCGGCUUUUCUCUUCCGGAGGACUUUGCCCCUGACAUCUGGGGAGAGGGUGUGGAAAGGGGGCUCCGAGACUGUCCGGAGGCCGAGGAAGCGAAUCAGGCCCUCAGGCGGCCGAGGAGACCCGCGCUGCCCUCCAGUCCGCUCCGAGCCCCGCCCCGGCGCGCCCUCCUCGCCGGCGAGCGAGCGACUUUGGGACGACGAAAGUGAGCGGCCCGGGUGACAGCGCCGCGGGCCAGUCCCGGGAAGCCGCGCGCCCGCCCGCCCGCCGAGGAUGGCCUCCACCGCCACUUGCACCCGGUUUACCGACGAGUACCAGCUCUUCGAGGAGCUCGGAAAGGGGGCAUUCUCAGUGGUGAGAAGAUGUAUAAAAAUCCCUACUGGACAGGAGUAUGCUGCCAAAAUUAUCAACACGAAAAAGCUUUCUGCUAGGGAUCAUCAGAAACUGGAAAGGGAAGCUAGAAUCUGCCGUCUUUUGAAACAUCCCAAUAUUGUACGACUUCAUGACAGCAUAUCAGAGGAAGGAUUUCAUUACUUGGUGUUUGAUUUAGUUACUGGAGGUGAACUGUUUGAAGACAUAGUGGCCAGAGAAUAUUACAGUGAAGCCGACGCUAGUCAUUGUAUACAGCAGAUUCUAGAAAGUGUAAAUCAUUGUCACCUAAAUGGCAUAGUUCACAGGGACCUGAAGCCUGAGAAUUUGCUUUUAGCUAGCAAAUCCAAGGGGGCAGCUGUGAAACUGGCAGACUUUGGCUUAGCCAUAGAAGUUCAAGGCGACCAGCAGGCAUGGUUUGGUUUUGCUGGCACCCCUGGAUAUCUAUCUCCAGAAGUUUUACGUAAAGAUCCCUAUGGAAAGCCUGUGGACAUGUGGGCCUGUGGUGUCAUUCUGUAUAUUCUUCUGGUGGGGUAUCCUCCCUUCUGGGAUGAGGACCAACACAGACUCUACCAGCAGAUCAAGGCUGGUGCAUAUGAUUUUCCAUCACCAGAAUGGGACACAGUGACUCCUGAAGCCAAAGACCUCAUCAACAAAAUGCUCACCAUCAACCCUGCCAAACGCAUCACAGCCUCAGAGGCCCUGAAACACCCAUGGAUCUGUCAACGUUCUACUGUUGCUUCCAUGAUGCACAGACAGGAGACUGUGGAUUGUUUGAAGAAAUUCAAUGCUAGACGAAAACUGAAGGGUGCCAUUUUGACAACCAUGCUGGCUACAAGGAAUUUUUCAGCAGCUAAGAGUUUGUUGAAGAAACCAGAUGGAGUAAAGAUAAACAACAAAGCCAACGUGGUAACCAGCCCCAAAGAAAAUAUUCCUACCCCGGCGCUGGAGCCCCAAACUACUGUAAUCCACAACCCUGAUGGAAACAAGGAGUCAACAGAGAGUUCAAAUACAACAAUUGAGGAUGAAGAUGUAAAAGCACGGAAGCAAGAGAUUAUUAAAGUCACUGAACAACUGAUCGAAGCAAUCAACAACAGGGACUUCGAAGCGUACACAAAAAUCUGUGAUCCAGGCCUCACUGCCUUUGAACCUGAAGCUUUGGGUAACUUAGUGGAAGGAAUGGACUUUCACCGAUUCUACUUUGAAAAUGCUUUGUCCAAAAGCAGUAAACCAAUCCACACCAUCAUCCUGAACCCCCACGUGCAUCUGGUAGGGGAUGACGCUGCCUGCAUAGCAUACAUUCGGCUCACACAGUACAUGGAUAGCAGCGGGAUGCCGAAGACCAUGCAGUCGGAAGAGACCCGCGUGUGGCACCGCCGGGAUGGAAAGUGGCAGAACGUUCAUUUUCAUCGCUCGGGGUCACCCACCGUACCCACCAAGCCACCCUGUAUUUCAUAUGGGAAAGAGAACAUUUCAGGAGGCAUCUCCUUGUGGCAAAACAUCUAAGGCCUGUGACCCAUUCACAUGUGGGUCUUCUAAUCAGCAGCAGUGCCACGUCCACAUUCUCUGCUCCCAAGGCACCCAGGUGGUCCCCUCAGCUGUCCUCUCCUCUUCUUCAUGCAUGUUUGAGUGCAUGAAGUUGUGACGGUCCUCUACAUAAUGCGUAUGCAAUGUGUCAUCUUGUCAUCUUCCUGUACAUUGUUUACACUUCGGCGGUGGCGAUGCUCCAUGCACACUUCAGUGACUGUCAGCAAACCAUAGGGGAGGUCAGACAAAGGAAUUCCACAAUAUUCCAAGUACAACAUAUUCAUCAAGGUUCUCUGUUUAUGCCAGGAUCUAACAGACUUAAAAAUCAUUGUUGUUCUCUGAAUGACAAUUUGUAAGAGAAAUGUAAAUUUUGUAGAACUUGGCCAUUAAUGUGUUCUGGCCUGCUUUUUGUUGUUUGUUUUAAGGAUAAAAAUAUACCUUAGUUUCCUCAUAUGACCCUGGUUGAAACAAGUGGAUUUCCAUCAAAACUUUGCUGUUAUGCAAUGAGAAUGGGUUGAUAUGUAGACAAAAACAUGACAUAGUAGGGAUGAGAGUCGGUUAACCACCGCAAGCCGUGUUGUUUCUGGUCAGACUGUGUGAACUGGAAGUGCGCCGUGUGCAGGUCUGAUCCCUUCCAGACACACUCACGCUGUUCUGGCGAAUUCACUGAGCUGAUUUUCUUUUCCUUUCUCAAAUGUAUUCUGUUUUCUUUAUUUUAUCUUAUUUCCUUUUUCUUUUUGUUUAUUU